GGCACAGGGCGGGGCCGGACAGUCAGAGGAAAGUCUGAGCCUGGGGCGGACGGAGCGGUGAGUUGCCCCAAACUGCCUGUCACUGGGGCCCCUACUUGUGUGUUUUUCCCUGUAGACUAGACGUCCCCCCUCCCUGCAGACAUGGUGGCCCUGUCGCUAAAGAUCAGUAUCGGAAAUGUGGUCAAGACCAUGCAGUUUGAGCCGUCCACCAUGAUAUACGAUGCCUGCCGUAUCAUCCGGGAACGGGUCCCCGAGGCCCAGAUUGGCCAACCCAAUGAUUUCGGCCUCUUCUUGUCUGACGAGGACCCCAAGAAAGGCAUCUGGCUGGAGGCGGGCAAAGCUCUGGACUAUUACAUGCUUCGCAAUGGAGAUACUCUGGAAUACAGAAAGAAGCAGCGGCCGCUCAAGAUCCGCAUGUUGGACGGAACAGUUAAGACGGUUAUGGUGGAUGACUCCAAGACCAUGAGUGACCUUCUGAUGACCAUCUGUGCCCGUAUCGGCAUAACCAAUUAUGACGAGUAUUCCUUAGUCCGGGAAAUAAUGGAGGAAAAGAAAGAGGAGAUUACGGGAACCCUGAAACGGGACAAGACUCUGCUCCGAGAUGAUAAGAAAAUGGAGAAACUGAAACAGAAGUUGCACACAGAUGAUGAAUUGAACUGGCUGGACCCGGGACGCACGUUACGAGAGCAGGGAGUGGAUGAGAAUGAGACCCUUCUUUUAAGGAGAAAAUUUUUCUACUCUGACCAAAAUGUGGAUUCCCGAGAUCCGGUGCAGCUGAACUUGCUCUACGUUCAGGCUCGGGAUGAUAUUCUGAACGGCUCCCACCCUGUCUCAUUUGAUAAAGCCUGUGAGUUUGCCGGGUACCAGUGCCAGGUGCAGUUCGGACCUCACAAUGAAGUAAAGCACAAGCCGGGAUUUCUAGAGCUGAAAGACUUUCUCCCCAAAGAAUACAUCAAACAGAAGGGUGAACGCAAGAUUUUCCUUGCUCACAGACAGUGUGGGAAUAUGAGUGAGAUAGAAGCGAAGGCUCGGUAUGUGAAACUCGCUCGCUCCCUGAAAACCUACGGCGUCUCCUUCUUCUUAGUUAAGGAGAAGAUGAAGGGGAAGAACAAACUGGUUCCGCGCCUCCUGGGGAUCACUAAGGAGUGUGUAAUGCGAGUGGAUGAAAAGACCAAGGAAGUUAUUCAGGAGUGGAACCUGACCAACAUCAAGCGCUGGGCGGCCUCCCCCAAGAGCUUUACAUUGGACUUUGGCGACUAUCAGGACGGAUAUUACUCAGUGCAGACAACAGAAGGGGAACAAAUUGCGCAGCUCAUUGCUGGAUACAUCGAUAUUAUUCUGAAGAAGAAAAAGAGUAAAGACCACUUUGGGCUGGAGGGGGACGAGGAGUCGACCAUGCUGGAGGAUUCUGUGUCCCCUAAAAAGUCGACGCUUCUGCAGCAGCAGUUUAACCAAGUUGGGAAAGUGGAGCACGGCUCUGUGGCACUCCCUGCCAUCAUGCGCUCAGGGGCCAGUGGCCCCGAGAACUUCCAGGUGGGCUCCAUGCCUCAGGCCCAGCAGCAGACUGUCAGCGGGCAGAUGCACUUGGGCCAUAUGCCUCCCCUGACCUCUGCCCAGCAGGCCCUGACUGGCACAAUUAACUCCAGCAUGCAGGCUAUUAAUGCUGCCCAGGCCACACUCGAUGACUUUGACACGUUGCCACCUCUGGGAGACGAUGCAGCAUCCAAAGCCUGGCGCAAAAACAAAAUGGACAAUUCCAAACACGAGAUCCACUCACAGGUCGAUGCCAUAACUGCAGGCACCGCGUCUGUUGUAAACCUGACUGCAGGGAACCCCGCAGACACGGAUUACACAGCGGUUGGCUGCGCCGUCACCACCAUUUCUUCCAACUUGACCGAGAUGUCCCGAGGGGUGAAACUCCUAGCAGCUCUCAUGGAGGACGAGGGUGGGAACGGGCGGCAGCUCCUGCAUGCAGCUAAAAACCUGGCAGGGGCAGUGUCUGACCUGCUAAAGACUGCCCAGCCGGCAAGCACCGAGCCGCGCCAGGUUCUCAUGCAAGCUGCGGGCAAUGUAGGGAUGGCGAGCGGGGAAUUGCUCAAACAGAUUGGAGAAUGUGACACCGACUCUCAGUUUCAGAUUUCUGCAGCCAGAGCCACUCGCGGCCUUACGCCUUUAGCUGAGCAGAAAACGGACAUGUUGGUGCAAUUGGCCAAAGCCGUAGCAAGUGCAGCCGCCGCCCUGGUACUAAAAGCCAAGAACGUGGCUGAGCGCACAGACGACGGUGCCCAACAAACCCAAGUCAUCGCUGCCGCCACGCAGUGCGCCCUCUCCACCUCCCAGCUCGUCGCCUGCACCAAGGUGGUGGCCCCUACUAUUAGCUCCCCAGUGUGCCAGGAGCAGCUUCUGGAGGCUGGGAAGCAGGUUGCAAAGUCAGUGGAAGGUUGUGUGGAGGCUUCGGAGGCAGCUGUUCAAGACCCAGAGCUCCUGAAGGCAGUGGGGGUGGCUGCGUCGGCGGUAACGCAAGCGCUCAAUGACCUGUUGCAGCAUAUAAAGAAGCACGCCAGCGGAGGCCCGCCCACUGGCCGAUAUGACCAGGCAACCGACACCAUCCUCAAUGUGACUGAGAAUAUCUUCAGCUCUAUGGGAGACGCUGGGGAGAUGGUCCGACAGGCGCGCAUCCUGGCACAGGCUACUUCAGACCUUGUGGGGGCCAUCAAGGCAGACGCAGAGCGCGAGAGCGACCUAGAGAACUCCCGCAAGCUGCUCAGCGCAGCCAAACUCUUAGCAGAUGCUACAGCCAGAAUGGUGGAGGCCGCCAAGGGGGCAGCAGCGCAUCCUGACAGCGAGGAGCAGCAGCAGAAGCUGAGGGAGGCAGCAGAAGGGCUGAGAAUGGCAACCAAUGCGGCAGCACAGAAUGCAAUUAAAAAGAAACUGGUUCACAAACUGGAGCAAGCCGCCAAACAAGCAGCCGCCUCCGCCACGCAGACCAUUGCUGCCGCACAGAAUGCCGCCUCCAGCAACAAGAACCCGGCUGCACAGCAACAACUGGUCCAGAGCUGUAAGGUUGUGGCCGACCAAAUCCCCAUGUUGGUGCAGGGAGUGAGAGGGAGUCAGUCUCAGCCUGACAGUCCCAGUGCUCAGCUGUCUCUCAUCAGCGCCAGCCAGAACUUCCUGCAGCCCGGUGCAAAACUGGUCGCCGCUGGGAAAGCCGCCGUGCCAACAGUUUCCGAUCCGGCUUCUGCAAUGCAGCUGGGCCAGUGCACCAAAAACUUGGCAUCGGCCCUGGCAGAGCUCCGUACCGCGGCACAGAAGGCACAUGAGGCUUGUGGUCCACUUGAAAUCGACUCUGCUCUUAAUCUGGUUCGGUCCUUGGAGCAAGAUCUGCAGGAGGCCCGGGCAGCCGCAAGGGAAGGCAAACUGCAGCCGCUACCAGGAGAGACUAUGGAGAAGUGCGCUCAGGAUUUGGGAAGCAGCACUAAGGCUGUGAGCUCUUCCAUUGCUCAGUUACUGGGCGAGAUUGUCCACGGGAAUGAAAACUACACAGGUCGUGCUGCUCGUGAUGUUGCCCAGGCCCUGAGAUCUCUGGCGCAGGCCAGCCGGGGAGUCGCUGCCAAUUCUACUGACCCUGCUGUGCAGAACGCCAUGUUAGAGUGCGCCGAGGACGUUAUGGAUAAAGCAGGGAACCUCAUUGAGGAAGCCAAGAGAGCGGUGGGCAAACCAACUGAUCCCGAGGGGCAGCAAAGGCUCGCUCAGGUUGCAAAAGCCGUGUCGCAGGCUCUGAGCCGCUGUGUAAACUGCCUGCCUGGCCAGAGAGAUGUUGAUGCUGCCAUCAAGAGCAUUGGAGAAGCCAGCAAGAUUCUACUGGCCAGUUCAUUUCCUCCAGGUACAAAGAACUUCCAGGAAGCCCAGGGCCAACUGAACCAAGCUGCUGCUGGGCUGAACCAGUCUGCCAAUGAACUAGUACAGGCCUCACGUGGUACCCCGCAGGACUUGGCAAAGGCUUCUGGGAAAUAUAGUCAUGACUUCAAUGAGUUUCUUCAGGCUGGAGUUGAAAUGGCAGGACAGUCUCAGAACAAGGAGGACCAGGCCCAGGUGGUCUCCAAUUUGAAGAGCAUCUCUCUGUCCUCCAGUAAAUUGCUGCUGGCUGCUAAAGCUCUUUCUGCCGACCCAGCAGCACCCAACCUCAAGAGCCAACUGGCAGCUGCAGCAAGGGCUGUAACUGACAGCAUCAACCAGCUGAUCACCGUGUGUACCCAGCAGGCUCCAGGGCAGAAGGAGUGCGACAACGCCCUGCGGGAACUUGAGACAGUGCGCGAGUUGCUCCAGAAUCCAACAGAGCCGGUAAAUGACCAAUCGUAUUUCCACUGUUUGGACAGCGUAAUGGAAAACUCCAAGGUACUUGGGGAGUCCAUGGCCGGCAUUUCCCAGAAUGCCAAGACCUGUAACCUUCCGGAGUUUGGCGAAUCUGUCAGUGCCGCUUCCAAAGCUCUUUGUGGAUUGACUGAGGCUGCUGCCCAGGCUGCCUACCUGGUUGGAGUUUCUGACCCUAAUAGCCACGCUGGACAGCAGGGACUGGUAGAUCCAACACAAUUUGCUAGAGCCAAUCAAGCUAUCCAAAUGGCAUGUCAGAACCUUGGAGACCCUGCCUGUACCCAAUCACAGGUCUUAUCUGCUGCCACCAUUGUGGCCAAACACACGUCUGCUUUGUGCAAUGCCUGCCGCGUUGCCUCCACCCAUACCUCAAAUCCUGUUGCCAAGAGACAGUUUGUCCAGUCUGCCAAGGAGGUUGCUAACAGCACCGCUAAUCUUGUCAAAACCAUCAAGGCUCUGGAUGGGGCAUUUAAUGAUGAUAAUCGGGUCAAGUGCCGCAAUGCGACCGUACCGCUCAUCCAGGCAGUAGAGAAUCUCACAGCAUUCGCAUCCAACCCUGAGUUUGCCAGUGUUCCUGCCCAGAUCUCCCCUGAGGGCCUUCGGGCCAUGGAGCCAAUUGUUACUGCGGCUAAGCUGAUGUUAGAAAGCUCCUCUGGGCUCAUUCAGACUGCUCGCUCAUUGGCUGCCAACCCCAAGGAUCCACCUCAGUGGUCAGUGCUGGCCGGCCAUUCGCGCACCGUCUCCGACUCCAUAAAGAAACUUAUCACCAACAUGCGGGACAAAGCUCCAGGUCAGAGAGAAUGUGACCAGGCCAUCGAGCUCCUGAACCAGUCUGUGCGGGAUCUGGACCAGGCCUCCUUAGAAGCCAUCAGCCAGCAGUUGGCUCCUCGGGAGGGUAUCUCCCAAGAGGCCCUACACACCCAGAUGCAGACGUCGGUGCAAGAGAUCAGCAAUCUGAUUGAGCCAAUGGCAGCGGCUGCCAGAGCAGAUUCAUCCCAACUGGGACACAAGGUUUCCCAGAUGGCCCAGUACUUUGAACCACUGACCCACGCCGCCAUCGGCGCUGCCUCCAAAACCAUUAAUCACCAGCAGCAAAUGAACCUCUUGGACCAGACAAAGACCCUGGCCGAGUCGGCCCUGCAGAUGCUCUACACAUCCAAGGAGGCAGGAGGGAACCCCAAGGUUGCUGCCCACACUCAGGAGGCUCUGGACGAGGCGGCUCAGAUGAUGCACGAAGCGGUGGAAGAUCUGACCGUGACUCUCAAUGAAGCUGCGAGUGCCGCUGGCGCUGUUGGUGGGAUGGUCGAUUCCAUUACUCAAGCCAUCAAUAAGCUGGAUGAGGAGCCGGCAGGAGAACCAGAGGGAUCCUUUGUUGAUUAUCAGACGACUAUGGUGAAGACUGCAAAGGCCAUUGCUGUAACCGUACAGGAGAUGGUCACAAAGUCCACAACAAACCCCGAUGAACUAGGAACUCUGGCCAACCAGCUAACCAACGAAUACGGCCAGCUGGCCCAGGAAGCCAAACCGGCAGCCAUGACGGCAGAGAACGAGGAGAUUGGCUCACACAUCAAGCAGCGGGUACAAGAGCUGGGGCACAACUGCUCACUGCUUGUCACCAAGGCAGGGGCCCUUCAGUGCAGCCCCAAUGACAGUUACACCAAGAAGGAGCUGAUAGAGAGCGCAAGGCGCGUGUCAGAGAAGGUCUCUCAUGUGCUCGCAGCUCUUCAGGCCGGUAACCGCGGCACGCAGGCUUGUAUUACAGCAGCCAGUGCCGUAUCUGGAAUUAUCGCUGAUCUCGACACCACCAUCAUGUUCGCCACUGCCGGAACCCUCAACCGGGAAAAUGCAGAGACCUUCGCUGAUCAUCGGGAGGGGAUCCUAAAGACAGCGAAGGCUCUGGUGGAGGACACCAAAGUGCUGGUGCAAAAUGCAACUUCCAGUCAGGAGAAACUGGCACAGGCGGCUCAGUCGUCUGUAACAACCAUCACCCGUCUCGCUGAAACCGUGAAACUGGGCGCAGCCAGCUUGGGAGCAGAGGACCCCGAAACCCAGGUGGUACUGAUCAAUGCCGUUAAAGAUGUGGCGAAGGCUCUGGGCGAUCUCAUCAGCGCCACCAAGGCAGCGGCUGGCAAGUCCAGUGAUGACCCAUCCGUCUAUCAGCUGAAGAACUCGGCCAAGGUCAUGGUAACCAACGUCACGUCACUGUUGAAGACGGUGAAAGCGGUAGAAGAUGAAGCCACAAAGGGAACUCGCGCGCUGGAAGCCACCAUAGAGCACAUUCGGCAGGAGCUGGCGGUCUUUUCCUCUCCUGAGCCGCCUCCACAGACUUCUACCCCUGAGGAUUUUAUCCGAAUGACUAAAGGUAUCACCAUGGCGACUGCUAAAGCGGUGGCUGCUGGGAACUCUUGCCGCCAGGAGGACGUGAUUGCUACGGCCAAUCUGAGCCGGCGCGCUAUUGCCGACAUGCUGCGAUCCUGCAAGGAGGCUGUAUAUCACCCUGAAGUCAAUGCUGACGUGCGAAUGCGAGCCACGCGCUUUGGGAAGGAGUGCGCCAUUGGCUACCUGCAGUUGUUAGAGCACGUGCUUCUGAUCCUGCAGAAGCCCAGCCCAGAGCUAAAGCAGCAAUUGGCCACUCACUCCAAGCAGGUCGCCGGCUCAGUGACAGAACUCAUCCAGGCCGCCGAGGCCAUGAAAGGUACUGAGUGGGUGGAUCCAGAAGACCCCACGGUGAUUGCAGAGAAUGAGUUGUUGGGAGCAGCGGCUGCAAUUGAAGCAGCAGCAAAAAAACUGGAGCAGCUGAAGCCUCGCGCCAAACCAAAGCAGGCGGAUGAAAGCUUGAACUUCGAGGAGCAGAUUUUGGAGGCAGCUAAAUCCAUUGCGGCCGCUACCAGCGCUCUGGUGAAAGCCGCGUCGGCCGCCCAGAGAGAGCUCGUGGCACAGGGCAAGGUCGGUGCCAUUCCAGCCAAUGCCGAUGAUGACGGACAGUGGUCCCAAGGACUGAUAUCAGCUGCUCGUAUGGUGGCCGCGGCGACCAGUAAUCUGUGCGAAGCGGCCAAUUCGGCGGUACAGGGACACGCCAGCGAGGAGAAGCUGAUCUCUUCAGCCAAACAGGUGGCGGCAUCCACGGCGCAGCUCCUGGUGGCCUGUAAAGUGAAGGCCGAUCAUGAUUCCGAAGCCAUGAGGCGACUGCAGGUUGCCGGCAAUGCAGUAAAGCGAGCCUCAGACAACUUGGUGAAGGCUGCCCAGAAAGCCGCCGCGUUCCAGGACCACGAUGAGACGGUGGUGGUGAAGGAGAAGAUGGUGGGAGGAAUCGCUCAGAUCAUCGCGGCCCAGGAGGAGAUGCUGCGGAAGGAGCGGGAGUUGGAGGAGGCACGGAAGAAGCUGGCCAUGAUCCGGCAGCAGCAGUACAAGUUCCUCCCAUCGGAGCUGCGCGAGGAUUCUCACUGAGGGCAACUGCCCCCCACCCAGCUUUACUGCCCCUGCCGUGCCCACAGCUCCCCCUCUCGCUAAUAACUCAUUCUAAGGCCAAUGACCAGCCUUCUGCCGGGGGGCUCGGUGUUGCACUUCAUUCCUGUUACAUGACCACGACGGUUCUUUAUGCCCAGAGGACCCUGUGCCAGUGCCAGUCCUUUCUGUUGGUGCCUUAUUGCCCCCUUAUGCUGCCCCCUGCCCCAUUGCUGCUACUGGCGCCCUAUUGCCCUCUUUGCUACCUCUUUACCCUAUUAAUCUCAUGCUGCCCCCUUGCCUGUCCCUGCUGCAUUGCCUUAAGCUUCCCCCCAUGCAGCAGUGGGAGGGUAUCGGGGUACCUCCUGUGUGUGGGGGUCCCUGUGCCUCACUGUGCCCCCAAGUGCCUGAUAUGUGCAAUGUGCCCCUGUGCAUCGCGCCUCAGUAACUGUACAAAUGAGCGACAGCCUUACGUUUCUAUGGGAAAUUCUCUAUUUUUGUGUUACAUAAUAUUGGGAUUUUUAGCCUUAUUUACGGACACCCCAAGGUGCCCCCUGUGCCUGCCCCACGUCUGUGGCUUCACCACAAGUAUUACAUCCAAUAAAUAUCUUCACCUCAA